CACGCCUCUUUCCAUUCCCCUUCUCUGUUAUUUUUUCCUCCCUCUCUCUCUCUCUCUCUCUCUCUCGUACUCAUCAACAGAUGGUGUUGCUUUCUCGAGAAGGGUAGAUUGCCUUGGGGACGGGAGAAAGAAUUCCUCGAAGGCCUUCUCCUCGCUCCUCCUCCCUUCCGCCAUGGAAGGGUCUCAGGAUGUGUAUUACAAAGAGAAGACAGUCUCUCCCGAAAAAACCAAGAGAAAGAUGAAGACUCCUGCACAGGUUGAGGCAUUAGAGAAAUUCUAUAAUGAGCACAAAUACCCCAGUGAACUAAUGAAGUUGCAGUUUGCAAAGCAAAUAGGGUUGUCAGAGAAGCAGGUCUCUGGAUGGUUCUGCCACAGAAGAUUGAAAGACAAGAAACUAAUGCAAGGUGAAGUUUAUGCAAAUGGAAAACAUUAUAAUGGUCUAGUACAUGAUCGCACUAGUGGACUUAGACAGGAAUCAUGUAGCAGUACUAAACAAGGGGAUAGGUAUUUUGAUCUGAAAGAAGUACAAAGCAAAAGGUCUUAUGGCCAGACUUCUUCAUCUGCUGGUCUUGCUCUUGAGCCGAGGGGUCGGCAGUUGAAUGUUGGAUGUCAUGCUAAUGCAGAUGAUAGAUCUUCAGGAAGUAGCUCAGCAUCACAAGGAAGGUUGCUGCAACAGGUUGAGGAUCCUCCUUCUUUGGUGUCCUCAGGGUAUCCAUCCCAGGGUGACAAUUACAUGUUGAUGAAUACCAGGGGUGUAAAGAGCAGAGGACCUAUGAUGCAUUCCAGAUGCUCAUAUUUUCAGGUUGAGAAUGAGCAUCCAGCUAUCUCUUCUGUUAAGCGCAAAUUAGGAAGACAUUACUGUGAAGAUGGUCCACCUCUUGGUGUCAAUUUUGACCCACUUCCACCUGGUGCAUUCGAUUCACCAAUUCGAGAUUCAAAUUUUGAACCAUAUUAUGUGGGAGAUUCUAUGCUCCAUGGUGCUAGUUGCAUCCCUAGGAUUACAAAGGAAACUAAGGUGUAUGAUAAAUAUAGGCACGAGGAACUUUCAAAUGGCUCAUAUCCGGAAGCAAUUGGCUUUAGAAAAAGCAUGCAAGGAUUUGUUGAUCAAGAUGGCUUGCUUGGCUGUCAAUUAAACUCAAAGGCUUCGCUGACCAAGCAGAGUGGUUCUGUCCCAAAGCAGACCAGUCUAAUGGAAAAAAUUGAAGAUUUUGGAGGCAAAACUUCUGACUAUAACAGCCGGAGCAACAAAAGACAUGCUAAGUACAGAACUAAAGAGGGUGAAAAUAGUGUUGGGCAUCUCUUUCAUAUAAAUGGUCAAAAAGCUUAUACCAACAAAGCAUUUCCUCAUCCUCAUAAUCAUUAUAACUACAUUUCUCAAGUGUCUCAGAGGGAAGAAUUCAAGAAAUCCAAGUUUUCAAAAUCAGCAUGUAAAAGCAACAAUUUUCUUGAUACUGAGGAUGUACUGAUACCCAGAAGAUCCCUGAAGUUGGGCAGGAAGGUGAGCAGCAUGCAAUUUCAACAGCAGGAUUAUGUAACCAAAAGUUCUGUGAAACACUCAUGGAGAAAACCAGUCAUAAGGAAUAAUGGAAAUAUGGCAACUACUUUAAGUGAGGAUGAAACUGGUGGCACUGCUUCUUCCAUAGAGUAGGAAGGGUGUCAACUGAAAGUGGAUCCAUGUUGUUGUGAAAGAUCUCUCAAGGAAGAAUCUGAAACUUGGGAGGUGUACAAUCAAAGGAACAGCCAUAUUUCAUGGCAUUAGAAAUGUGCUGCAUGGAUAGGCAUGGUGCCCCAGCAAGCUGCAUCUAAUUUCAAGUGUUGGACAUGGUUAUGCCACCCAUUUCAAGAAAACUGUUGUACAUAUAUAUAUAUAUAUACAUAUUCCCAUAAGUCACUUAGAACAAGGCUGAUAUGAGAGGAACUUUCAGCCAAAAAAAUGUGACUUGAUCUAUGCUCUCCUCGUCUGGUUCCGUAACGUUUUCUAUGCACAGCAAAUGACUCUCAACUCGUUACCUGGUGGAGGAUCUAUGAUGGGUUUUUUGUUGUAAAAAGAUUCCAAACUCAUUCGAGUUACUCUGUAAUUUUGUAUACUUCUCCGGUAGAUGCAGGCAGCUUUAUCUGUAACUGGAAAAAAAAAGAGUAGAAUUUGCAUUUGUUUGUAGCAUCUUGGAUGUGAAGAGUCUUUUGAGAUUGACUUAAAGAUGAAUCUAGGCCUAGUAGUUUUAGAGUUCCGUA